UUCAUGCUGCAGGAACGUCUCAACUAACCGAACUGUCACAGAGACUUUAUUUGCUCGGCCCUCUCCCUUAAUAUAGUCCUUUUCCUUUAAGUUGGUUCAUGCUUAGUCUGCUCAGCUACCGAAUAUUUGGAAGAGCUUGGUUUCUAUCUUUUUCAACAUGAAAAAAGGUGUUUGCUUUAGUUGAUUUCUCCUAAUGGGUUAUUUCUUCUUUGCCUCUCUCUGAUUUUGUUCAGUUCUAAGUUGAUCUUCAUCAACUAAUAGCUUGAUAUCCCAUUGAACCAGUUCAAGAAUCAUGAUUUGGGAUUAAAUUGUUGUGCUUAAGAUAGAAUUUGGUUGAGUUCCUUUGAUGGGUAUCUUGGUCUCUGUUUCUGAGAACAAAAGAUAUAUCAUAUUGUUGAAUAUAUCAUUUCUGUUUGUGGCAUGCGUUUUCUUGAUUCUACAGUUCAGUUCUUCUCGAUUUCUAGUUCUAACCAGCUCACAACACGAUACCCAACAAGAGUGCAAAGUGUUGGAAAGUUUAGAAGGCGACCGAGCCAAGUGCCAUUACCUUACAUCACAUAUUAAUCCAUGUGUCUCUGAAGGUUAUAUUGACUAUCUCCACCUCUUGUAUUGCAAUUUUGGAAGAAUUCCUCUUUUGGGCCAUUGUUUUCUAUUUCUGUGGCUUCUACUGUUGUUCUAUUUGUUGGGGAACACAGCCUCUGAAUACUUCUGUUCUUCCCUUGAAAAUUUAUCCAGUUUUUUGAAAUUGUCCCCAACGAUUGCUGGGGUUACUCUCCUUUCUCUUGGCAAUGGUGCCCCAGAUGUCUUCUCCAGUCUAGUAUCCUUCAUGGGUAGUGGAACUGGUAACAUUGGCUUCAAUACAGUGCUUGGUGGUGCUUCCUUUGUCACAUCUGUUGUGGUUGGAAUUAUGAGCAUCCUAGUGAAGAAAAAGAAGAUCAGAGUUAACAAAGGUGCUUUCGUUAGAGAUGUUUGUUUCUUGCUUUUUGUUCUUGCAUCCUUAAGUUUCAUUUUGCUUCAUGGAGAAAUCAAUAUCUGGGGUUCACUGGGAUUUUUGUCCGUGUACAUUUUCUAUGUGCUUGUUGUUUAUUUCUCGGACAUCCAUUGGAGUAAAGUUGAGAAACAUGCUAGUUCAAGUUAUGGCAGCGACUUAAGGCUACCAAUUUUAAGCAACAUAGGAAAAGGGGAGGUAAAUUUUGUGGACGAAAGUGGUGGUGAUGCCGAGGCAGCAGAAAUCAGCAAGUGUUGCUUUUGUUUAAGACUGCCUGCUCCUUGUCGUCUGCUGCUUAGGAUCCUUGAGAUGCCACUUUACUUGCCAAGGAGAUUGACAAUUCCUGUAGUUUGUGAAAAGAGAUGGUCUAAGCCAAUUGCAGUUGCUUCAGUGGCACUGGCUCCAGUCCUGUUAUCAGUUCUUUGGAAUCCUCAGGAUGAAGAUGCUGGUUUCUUGAACAGAAUUAUGGUAUAUGGAAUUGGGCUCUUGUUUGGGAUUAUAUUUGGGAUUAUUGCAUAUACAAGAACUGAGAGUUCAAGCCCACCAAAGAAGUGCCUGUUUCCCUGGCUUGCAGGAGGGUUCUUAAUGAGUAUGGUUUGGAGUUAUAUCAUAGCUCAGGAAUUAGUAGCCUUGUUGGUUUCCCUGGGGUAUAUAUUUCAAGUGAGUCCUUCAAUUCUUGGGCUGACAGUUCUUGCCUGGGGGAAUUCACUGGGGGAUCUGAUUACCAAUUUGACAAUGGCAUUGAAUGGAAAACCUGAAGGUGCACAAGUUGCUAUAUCAGGGUGUUAUGCUGGUCCAAUUUUCAACAUCCUUUUUGGUCUGGGUUUGUCUCUUGCUGGCUCAUCUUGGCAUCACUACCCAUCUGCUGUUGUGAUCCCAAAAGAUCAAUAUCUAUUGGAGACAUUAUGCUUUUUGGUGGCUAGUUUGCUGUGGGCACUUGUUAUAUUACCAUGUAGAAACAUGAGGCUUGAUGGUGUCUUGGGAAUAGGGCUUCUGGGUAUUUACAUAGUUUCUGUGUCUGUGAGGCUGAUUCAAACACUUGGGUCUUUCCAAUUUUGAGUUGCAUGUACCUAGCCCUGGCAACCUGGCUUCAGACCAUUUCUCUGUACAGUAAGUGAUCAUCAAUUGUAGUAUUAGUACAUCUUAUUUUAGUUUGCUACUUGUUUUCAGCAUAUUCUCAUCAAGAAAUACAAUACUGUUUUGCCUUCAAAA